CACGCUUGUUCAUCGUUUUAAAUAACUAUAUUCUUCCGUUUUGUACAGUUUAUGAAUUGAUAAGGCGAUCAGGCGGUCACCGAAGCGUAUCUUUGCAUUCGCGUUUAUAGUGGCCUUGGCUCGGAUAACUUUAAUACACACGUGUAAAAUUUGCAAGAAAGGUCACGGCCGUGAAGUAAUCGGUUAAAAUGGUAAGUACCACCACGUACUAGCUUAAAUUUUCGCCUAACUUGCGCUAAAACCGGUGAGUUUCACCGUCCCUAUCGUAGUAGCAGAUACUGGUCUACCGACAGUUCUCAGAGUGGGAAAAUAAUUAAGUUCUGUAGUUGUGAAUUAAUGUAGUUUUAUUUCCUUGCCCUUGGCAUUGGUUAUUUAAAUGUCAGCAGUUUUCGAAAUUGAUCCUAUGAGCAUAACGCUCUCUGAAAUCCCGCCAAUAACAAACCAAUUUGAUGGUAGAUUACUAGACUAUUUGUUAUCGAGUCAUUGUCUUGAAGCACUUUUGUUUAGGUCGAGAAUAAACGGCGGACAAAAUGGACUUCUUAGUGUCAACAAUUCUAAAGUUGACCAAUACAAUACCCCUAACGCUUUGCACUGAUGAAAUCCCCAAUCAAUAUUUGAUGGGAGACUUGCCGUAGUAUUUGCUAUCGUGAAAGCGCUUUGUUUUGGUUAUAUAGGGCGAGCAAGCACCGACACAAAAUGGCCAAAAUUCUCGACUACCUGAAUCGCACGACGAUCGAGCGUUCGACACAAUGCUACGACUGCUUAUUAUGAUGGAAGGAGAAUUACAAACGAAAGAAGCGAUUAUUGAAAUUUUGAUGGUAAGUUGACGAUAUAAAUUGUGGUUUGUUGCCUAUCGAGUAUUGGUUUGAAUGUGGUUUGUAAUUUAUGAGAACUUGUCUAGUAUAAGGGGCAUUGCCAUUGGGCCAAUGCCAAUAGGGGGUUUAUAUAAACAUUCAAAGCGAAAGUAAUUUAAUACUACAACGCCGGAUUAUUUUAUUUUUAGAGUUAAAUUCCCACAAAGGAAGUAUUAGUAGAUAUUCCUGCGAACAAUCGCUAACUACUAACAACCUAUUAAUAAAAAGCUCCAUUAUUGCUAACAUAACCAAAACUCGGUGACUCGAUAAUCGUUGUGUUACUAACUGUCAGCCGAGUUCAAAGACUUUUCUGGUAGUGUCUGACCAAAUUUGGACUUCGGCAAAUAAAAGAUAAUUCUUGUAUUAUUAAUUCGUCUGAAUAUUAUUAAAAUACGAAUCACUGUCAAGACGAAUUAUCGGUAUAGCUCUUCUACAUGACACUAUAGCGAUUUAUAUUAGAUCGAUCGGAAAUCUUUGCCUGCAUAGUUUAAUUUUUGGUGUCAGGCGAGUUUUACAGGGUGUUCACACUUGAACCGAUAUGGGCCCAAUAUAACAAAAAACUUCGAGAUCGAUUUAAACGAGGUCAUCUCGAAAGGUGGUUUCGGAUCGACAAUAGUCCUAUUAACUCCUAAUAAUGUGGCUGAUAUGUGCAUGGAUGUCUCCGAAGAGGGUUAAAAACACCAAAUUGUGCACAGUAGCAUCGUUUUAUGAAUAGAACAACAUGUAAAAGUGGGGCCAUCGUGAAACUGUUUUUUUUAGAGAGUUACGAUGCUAUUAGCAUUAUUUGCUAUUAAAUUCUACUACAACAAAAAAUGUGAAAUUUUGAAUUGAAUCGCGACAAAUAUAACUUGCUUCAUCAGAAAGCUUGUAAAAAACUACAUAAAAGACUUUUAAACAGUUUUUUCAUUCUUCAAAUGGUUAUUGCUGUAAAUUAGGCACAAUUAUCUCGUUAAACGUCCCUAAUUAAUUAUUCGAUGUUUGAAAAUGCGUUUUUAACAGUUUAUAAUUCGAAAAGUAUUUCUGAAAUCAAAAAACUGUCUAAACGUCUGACAUGCAGUUUUUUAUAAGCUUUCUGAUGAUGCAAGUCAUAUCUGUUGUAAUUGAAUACAAAAUUUCACAUUUUUUGGCUAUAAUAGAAUUCAUUAGAAGAAAAUCACUAAUCACCCGUUUUCAGGAGUUAGCAGCAAAAUAGCGAUGGCCCCACUUCAAAUAUCUAUUAAACUACAUCAAUUGUAAAAGUUUGAUGCUUUUAACCUCAACGGGAACUACUGAUCAAUAAUUUUACUCAUAUCCGCCAUUCAAAUUUUUGGGCACUCAAGAACCGAAGUCCAAUGAACCGCUCUCGGAUCGGUUUGCAGUGUGAAAAAGGUCCUUAGAUCGGUCUCAAACUGUGUUAUUCGUGUGAACGAGUUCCUAUAUGUCUAUGUGGGGUUUUUUCGAGUUUGCCUUAACGAUAUAGUCGUCGGUAUGCCGAUAACGGCAUGAUUUGUUUACCAUCGUUGUAUUUUGUCAAAUUCGAUGUUCGAGAAGCGCGAAUUCGGUAUCGUGUAACCUCUUUGAAUCGAUAACAAAAGGUUUUGGACUCGAUAUGCUUUUGUGUGCUUGCAUGAUAUUCUGUAAUCACUAUUUUAGGACAUUUAUUAGUUUAAAAUUUAAGUGGCAUUCUAUGGGUUGCUAGUAUCUGUGACACAGUCUAGUAUCAUAGCUAUGUCAUCCUUAAUUCUUGUGAGUCUUGAGAGGUACUUCUUUGAGAAACACUUUCCGACGAGGGUCUAAGAAGCACUCUUGUCAAUAAGUCCGGAUAUGUUGCUUAGCAAUUCAAAUUUGCCUCCAUAUGCUACCAUAUUGUAAUAUUGGGUUAUUUUAUCGACUUGGUUUAUGUAAUGUCUUUAAUGGGGAGUAAUUAAACGACGACAAUUAUGAUGACUGCGAAGCAACAACUGCUACGACCGAUGAUAACCAUGUCGACGAAAACGACAACAACCUCAAUUAAUACAACAUCGUUAUUGACGACAACAACAACAGAAACAGCAACAACAUCAACAGGAAUUAACAGCGGCAACAACAACAACAGCAAAAACAACAGCAGCAACAACAACAGCAACAACAACAACUCGACGAAAACGACAACAACCUCAAUUAAUACAACAUCGUUAUUGACGACAACAACAACAGAAACAGCAACAACAUCAACAGGAAUUAACAGCGGCAACAACAACAACAGCAAAAACAACAGCCAGCAACAACAUCAACAGGAAUUAACAGCGGCAACAACAACAACAGCAAAAACAACAGCAGCAACAACAACAGCAACAACAACAACAGCAAAAACAACAGCAGCAACAACAACAGCAACAACAACAACAACAACAACAACAACAACAACACAACAACAACAACAACAACAACAACAACAACAACGACAACAACAACAACGACAACGACGACAACGACAACGACAACGACAACAACAACAACAUCAUAUGCCUAUCUAUCAUAAUGUGAGCAUAGAAUGGAACAGAUAGCAACGGACAUAAGAAUGUUAGCUGAUUAUGCCGUCUAUUCAUGGAGUACUGCACUGGUGUGAGAAGUUGUUAGCGCUGCCUCUUAUAACUGGGGUCAGGGAUUUACUUACGAUGGGUUUCGUGUAUUUCAGGAAGGUCGGAGCAAAGAUGAUGUGCUAUUGAACAAGCUCAACAAAGUUCUGGGUGUACGAGAAACAGAUCCAUUCUCCGCCCUCAAGAGAGACGGUGUUUACAGUCAUCAAAAGUGGACCGAACUGUUUAUGAACGAAAACGAACGCGAUCACGCAGUUCUCGCGGACAGCUCGCGUUACCUGUCCGCGUGCUCGUCCUUGCGUGCUAUCAGCGUGGCGAGAUUACAAAAUCAACGUUAUAGCGAGGCGUACGAUAUGCUUCAGAAAACUGUGAAAAAUUAUAGAAAGGUAGGGGAGCGGGUUUUGUUCUCUUGAAUGCUUUAAGGAACGGAUGGGUACAUAAUGGACCUUACAGGGUCUUUAGGGAGGACGGUGUAAAAUAACAACUAAUGUACUGAAUAUUUUGUCCUGCAAUGAUGAGUUGCUUUCGGUCCGUGUUUCUGACAUUUGUUUGACGAUUUGAAAGCUCUGAGCGGGCAAAUUACUUUGUGCAUGAAUUGUCAGCCUCCUAACAUAAUCACCGAACUUAUUUUCUUAAGUUUUGGGAAAAGCAGAGAAACAAUUUUCACAUAUACACAGUCAGAGUAACAUCACAAGCAUCAUAUUCACCUGAGUAUAUUACACCAACACAGAAAAAAUCAUGAUUAUUAGAUUACAAUGAUAUCGAAGGAACUAGAUUCUGUUCCGAAAUAUCACAUACUCGACCGCGUAGCUCAGUUGGCAGAGCAUUGGCAUUGGGCUAGUAUUCCAAAAGUCGUAGGUUCGAUUCCCACCGUGGUCAGGCAUAUUUCUCAAGCUUUCCCGGUGUGGAUAUACACUCAGAGUAACAUCACAAGCACCUUAGUCAAAAUUAUUAUCAUUAUUUAUUUCUUUAGAAAUUGAUUGUUUUCACAGUCAAUGAACACGAGAAUAUUUGCAUAGCGGAGACUAAAUUGUCGGGCUCCCUUAGUGUUUUAAAUAAAUUUCAAUGACAUUUUCUUUAGCUUAAAAUAAAAUACACAAAAGAAAGAAGAAAACCGAUCGAGGAAAUAGCCCCACCAGUGGCCCCGCUCCCCAAGAUUUCUCCCACAAAUGACGUCAUAGACUCUCCAGCCAAUGAGGUUGGAGAAAACUCGCAUUUAACCAAUCAUGAUCAAGAAAUUUCGAAUUUGGCGCGCGAGCAAGAACGCUGUCGAGAACUGGAAGAGAAAGUUGAACAAUUGACCAAAAACAUGGCGGAAGAAGAAAGGCAAAGAAUGAGCCUUGAGAAACAGAUGAGGGAUGAAAUUCGCAGAUUACAUCGAGAACUGAAACUUGAGCGGGAAAAUAGCAAGAGAGGUCAUUGCAGACUGUUCAUUACUGCAAGGCGUCCUGAUCAGCCAGCGGAUAAACCAAGGUAGUAUAUAGUACAUCAUGAAAUAUGACGUGAAUAGUCUUGUAAUUUAAACGGUCAUGAAGACUGGGAUCUAGUCAAAUUCAAUUCGGAGUUUCUGGGAUAAAUUGUCUUUGAACUAUAACAUGGAUGUAGCUGAGCUUGAAAUAAUUAGAAUAUGCAUAUGAAAGUAUUCAAAAACAAAAUAAAACCACAUUACGGUUGCCAAAGCCACGUUCGAACAGUUUGAAAAAGAGUUUCAUGUAUAACGAAGCUUUCAUAUGGAACUCUUUGCCAGAAAUUAUUAGAGAAAGCAAAACGCUCUCAAUUUUCGAAAGGAAAAUCGCUACCCAUCGCUAUUAAAGCAUGGUUGUAAAUAGUAAAUUAACGUAUAUUACAGUUUAUUAUAUAGUAGAGAGUGAGAUACUAAAAAAUACACAGUGAGAUAUUUUCCAUUUCUUCACUAGUGAAGAUAUCGAUCACGUGAUUUUUUCAAUUUGCUUUUGAGCGUGAAAUUUAACAAUUUUGGGACUAUAUGUAAUAAACAGAACAUUAUACACGGUGGAUUCAAGAUGUGACUUUUAUCUUCUCGUGUUAAAAACAAUAUUUUACUCACUCUAAUUGUUUUCACCACUCGAAGAUAAAAUUCAUCAUCAGCAAAAAGUUGCUCAAUGAACAAUAAGUUUCCGCACUGCAGUUCACAGUUGAUUCGCUUUAAAUUAGAAAAUAUAUUCCUUAUUAAAUAUAAGUGUAUCUUUCUUCAGUUUUGCUUUACACAAAAGACAAAAUGUGCUAGUACAAAAAUUGUUCAAUGGACAAUUCUAUUGUGGCUAUAAGUUUUAAAAACACAGUUUAUUGAUGUUGGAGUCGCUAAAAUGUGCUUGCCCCAGGAGUGCAUUUUUGGUUGCUUCAGAUGUGAGCAAAAAUCGUCGUUUCCUCAGUAUCGAGUGAGGCAUACGUUUUGUUAUUAGAUUUCUUGUUGGACAUCCCAAUAAGACGAUUUAAAUGGAUAAUUGGAUUGUGGGGCAACUCUUAUAUAAAUAGUAUCAGCUGAUUGAAUAUAUAAUUUUCAGAAGAUUCCUGAUCUAGUGACCACCUAGCAAAAUUGUUUUUCAAAAACGGCGCUCAUUAAUUAAUAUUAAAAAUGAAGGAUUCAGUCUGUACGAUAUUCAUUUCCUAUUUCUCUUAACUCGCACUAAUUAGCUAAUUACUAAACGAAAAAGUCUUAAUUCAUUAAAUUUUUAAACAAAUUAGAUUUGCA